AUGGCUUUCCCUGCUUUCCCUACGGUUUCUGCUGAUUGUGUUAGUUCUCCUAUUCUCGAGGACUUCGUUAUGAAGGUCUCAGAGGUGGAGGCUGAGUUCCAUCUAAGGAUCUUGGAGGUGCAGGAGGAGUUUCGAGGCCGAAUCUCUGACCUGCUGAGUUCUAACGAGAACUUCACCGUGACGUCUGCUUCUCCGUUCUAUCAAAGCCAAGCCGUCUGUGCUCACCUACCCUGCUCCAGCACCUACCCUGCUCCAGCACCUGCCCUGCCCCAGCACCUGCCCUGCCCCCGCACCUGCCCUGCCGCAGCACCUACCCUGCCCCAGCACCUGCUCUGCCCCCGCACCUGCCCUGCCGCAGCACCUACCCUGCUCCAGCACCUACCCUGCCCCAGCACCUGCCCUGCCCCACCUGCCCUGCCCCAGCACUGCCCCAGCACCUGCUCUGCCCCCGCACCUGCCCUGCCGCAGCACCUACCCUGCUCCAGCACCUACCCUGCUCCAGCACCUACCCUGCUCCAGCACCUGCCCUCCAGCACCUACCCUGCCCCAGCACCUGCUCUGCCCCCGCACCUGCCCUGCCGCAGCACCUACCCUGCUCCAGCACCUACCCUGCUCCAGCACCUACCCUGCUCCAGCACCUACCCUGCCCCAGCACCUGCUCUGCCCCCGCACCUGCCCUGCCGCAGCACCUACCCUGUUCCAACACCUACCCUGCUCCAGCACCUACCCUGUUCCAACACCUGCCCUGCCCCAGCACCUACCCUGUUCCAACACCUGCCCUGCCCCAGCACCUGUCCUGCCCCAGCACCUCAGCACACAGCCAAGCUCUUAUACCCCCACACCUCUCUAAUAUUCCUCUAG